AUGGAAGCAGAAUCAAACAGGAGAGAUGAAAUUCAUCAAUUAGUAAAAGAGUAUGAACGAAUAUGUCGCAACAUUACAGUAAUUUUAAAUGGCGUGCAUAGUGCACAACCAGGAGAAAUUGAAGCUAUUGCACGAAAAGCUCUUGAAAAAUUUAGCGAAGUUCGACAACACAUCCAAUCAUUGGCACAAAUUGUACCCUACCAACAAUAUUAUAGGCAACUGAAUUUGUCAUCAAGAUAUCAUGAUAUCUGGACUCGAGCGGUACAAACAUCAAAUUCUCUUGCCGCGUUUGCUGUUUACUUACUUGAGGAACGGUUCAUCACUAUCGAGGAAUUACAAACAUUGAGUGGUGUUCCCGUUAAUAUUAAUAACGAUCUUCAAGAAUUUCAUAUAUCAGUUGAGGAAUUUCUUCAUAGUUUGAUAAAUCUGACAAAUGAAUUGUCGAGAUUUGCAAUCAACUCUGUAACUCAGGGAGACUACAAUCGACCGAUUCGAAUCUCGAAAUUUGUCAAGGAAUUGCACAACGGAUUUCAAUUGCUGAACCUGAAAAACGAUCAAUUGCGUAAACGGUUUGAUGGUAUCAAAUACAACAUCAAGAGGAUUGAAGAAGUUGUAUAUGAUGUUUCCCUACGAAAACUAAAUACCUCCGUUUAG